GCGGUACAGUACUCCCGCGGUUCCGGAAAUCAAGAUCACCUUCUCACCCCCAAAAUGUCAUCCCGCUCCCUGGCCAGGCCAUCCACAGCUCUCCAGCAGAGCGCAUUACUAGUCGCCCGUGCAUCUUCCUCCUCGCAAUUCCACACAACCGCUUCCCGACUCGGCCGCUGGGUGCGGGACCGCAGCAAAAACCGCGGUGUAUCCGCGAUUCACCGUCAGCCUAAGAAGGAUAUUCAGAUAUCCGUUUCCAAAGUUCCACUCCCGGAACCGGUCCUGGACCCUUCCAAGCGAAAAGCUGUGAAGGUCAACUCUGACCACGGGCUUUGGGGUUUCUUUCGCGAGAAGAAGGCAUUGCCAACGCCAGAGGAGGACCAUAAGCAUGGUUUGUUCUGCCCCGACUUGCUCACAUUGCUGAAUGUGGGGGGCUAUGGGGCUAAUUGGUGUUGGGGAUAGGACGGCCGUGGACGGUGGCGGAAUUACGGCGGAAGAGCUGGGAAGACUUGCAGAAGCUUUGGUGGGUGUGCGUUAAGGAGAGGAAUAUUAUGGGGACACAGAAGAUUGAAAGGCAGAGGCUGAAGCCGGGAUAUGGCGAGUUCGAGUCAAAUACGAGAUAUGGACAGGUAUGUUGGAAUCAAUUGCUCACUCUGGGAUCUUGCUGUUUUUUUUUUUUUUGAUUGCGAUGGAAUUGGCUCAUAACUGGGGAGAGUAGAUUCGGGUUACACAGCGGGCUAUUAAGCAUGUCCUUACAGAAAGGUAUUAUGCAUGGCAAGAGGCUCAGAAGAUUGCUGCGAACGAUCCCGAAGUAGACCUUUCCGGAGAAGGGCCGGCCUACCAGCCACAUGAUCCGGUCAGUAUUAUUGAUUUUGGCUUUCUCGGGAGUGAAGGUCGUAUGCUAAUUGCCAUGUAGGAUGCGCUUCCGGUCGGAAAGUUGAGGAACAAGAUAAGGUACAAGGGGCCACCGAUUGUUGAUCCUAUACACGAGAUACGCCAGGAAUUAAUUGCGGAAUCGUCUACGGGGCCCCCGCAGAAGCCGCUCGCUGGGUAAUUAAGUUUGGGGUGUCUUUGCGUUAUAGGUGGUUAGAUUCGGGUGCCGUACAUACGAUUGAGGUUGAGAAAUGCUUGAAUGCUGGGUGUAUGGAAUGGGGAUAGUUGGAUGGUGGGGUGUUCCGGCUGUCAAAUUUUUUUGUUAAAUCCUUUGAUUGUUUAAGGGUACCAUCUCUGUAUACAACUACUAGGUUACGACAUAAAAACCCAGUUCCAGCUGUUCAAUUGUCUGCGGAAUAUAAGUAUACAGGCCUGGAUAACGAGAUAUCUAUGGGUAUGGGUUUAUCGCCGAUUGGAAAUUGCCUGUCUAUGAUUCUAGAAUCUAGCAUAUUCUUACGGUAAUAAUGAUAUUGUGUUUUAUCAUAGUGCCAGUAGUUUGUAACCACAAACCCUACGUCCCAUACCCGCAUUUAUUUAAGUUAUAUACAUUGCAGUGGUACGCGUGGGUCCGAUUUCCCCGCCAAGAAUUCACUAAAACUCGAAACCUUGGCACGCACUCUAAACCUCCCCCAAACUGAAACAUUUCUCAUUCGACAGCCAAAAUUCCUUCUUCUCUCAUCAACGCCCCACCAACCAACCGACUGAACCCAUAACUUUCUUAUCAAAGAUCACCCCCGAUUCCCUCGCAUCAUAGUCAUCGCGCGUCUCUCGGUAUUAGAUCAUUGCGGAAACCCGCACGUUUGUCUACAAUGGCGGACAUUCAGGUGUGUGCAUUUUUUCCUCGGGGGAAAAGAUUAGCUUCGUGAGGCGCUAAUGUCGUUUCGGUGGAUCACGUUUUUAGGAGCGUAUAUGUGGCUACAACAAUGCAUUUGAAGGUCUGCUUUCGCUGGCACCAGAGAAUAAAGGCGAUGUGAGUUUGCGAUUGCUCUCUUUCUUUUCUGUCGCCUCGUCUAAUCUUUCUGGUCGGGUGCUUGUCGUAGUCGUCACAAUUGAAGCGGAAGCAGACGAAGGAGGAACCAAAGAGGGUCAAAAAAGUCAAGUUAGAUUCUGGAUUGGCCGCGGAGGGAACACCAGCAAAAGUAAAGGAGGGCGAUGUGGAGAAGGGAGCUGAGGGAGGGGAUGAGACCCGGAAAAUAGCCAAGAUGCCGAAGAAAAAGCGGGAGAAGAAGCCAAAGAUUGUUGUUCAGAGUAUCGGGCCUAGAAGGAGUUGGGAGGAAGAGGUUAAGGAGGCUUCGAAGACUGCUGGUGGGGAAACUGUGCCGGUAGCUUCGGAAACUCAGCCGAAUCCGGACCAAUCACACAAUACACAGGAACCGGCGCUGUCAAAAGCUAAACCUGAGAGACCAGGUAGCGAAUCGGGUAGCGACCUUGAUAUACAGAUGGAAUCUGGGGACUCCACUCCAUAUUCCCAAUCUACAGCAAUCACCUCCCCAGAUGCCGUCGAGCUAGCACCCGGGAGAGCGCCUAAAGUCGAACUUGACGCUGCAUCAAGAGCCGAGAAACGAGCCCUUCUAGUAGCACGUAUCGAGGAACUGCGUGCGCAGCGACAAGCUGCAAACGGGGCUGGAGCAAAGAACCGCCAGGAGCUGAUGGAAAUCCGACGGAAAAAGGAACAGGCGAGAAAGGAACGGAAGAAGCAACAGCGUCUGGAAGCCAAGGCUGCGGAGGAACUGAAACGCAAGGAAGCGCAAGCAACGGUUGAUGGAGAACGAGGGGCUCCCCCAUCGCAACAGGGACAGUUGAAAAAGGGUCCUGCCAAUAACUUUUCCUUCGGCGCUAUCACAUUCGACGAUGGACAGGAACUCGAUGCUACCCUCACAGAUUUUAAGAAAGCCCGGAAGCCGAAGGGCCCCACUGAUGUCCUUGGGCAAUUGAAGCAUGUUGAGGCAAAGAAAGCGCGUAUACAAACGAUGGCUCCAGAAAAGCAGGCGGAGAUUGAGGAGAAAGAACUUUGGAGUAAAGCCCUUAAACAAGCUGCCGGGGAGAAAGUCCGUGGCGAUGAGCAGCUACUAAAGAAAUCGCUCAAGCGACAAGAACAGGUUAAGAAGAAGUCUGAGCGUGAAUGGUUCGUUUCAUCUCCUUUCUACACUUAUAUUAUAGCAUACUAAAAACCGGACAGGAAAGAACGCAUUGAAAAUGUCGCAAAAUCUAGAGCCAUGAAACAAAAGAAGCGCGAGGACAACCUUGCCGCAAGAAGAGAACAGAAGAAGGCCGGAAAGUCAGCCAAGAGGGGAAAAUUUGGCGGGAAGCAGAAGGUACAAGUGAAGAAGAAGGGUGCUCGGCCCGGCUUUGAAGGGAGUAUGAAGAGCAAGCCUAGUGGAGGAGGAGGUAGAGGUUCGGGGAAGGGGAGAAAAUAAAAUAAAAACUUCGUCAUACUAUUGCUUCUUUUAUGUGGUUAGGGUAAUGGAUCGGGAUGGGGUGGGCGGGGGUGGGGUUAAAUAAAGGGAACCUUUUUAUGAUAGAUGUCUGUUCUGGCGUGGUGGUCUUUAGUGGUGCUUAGGGUGCAGAAAGGGAGAGGGGGGGAACGAGUUCACGGUUCUUUCAGUUUAUAUCUUGUAUCUAUGAAACCUUGUACCUUGAAUUUCUGGUUAUGCUCUGUGGCUUAAUAAAUACUCUGAGAU